AUGCAUCGGACACUGAUGUUUGUUGCAAGUCGAUCUCUGCGAGCAUCUGCUAUUUCACGAACAAUCACAAAAGAAAGAAGUGAAGCAAAUCGACUCAUGGAGCAGAUAGUAGAAGACUUGAAAACGAAAGGAACGGAGUUUGUGAUCCCUGGACGAGAUUCGUUUGCUCGGCAAGAGUCAGCUAAAGUUUUCGAGAAACUUGUAGCGUGUGGUGUCAAAUCGGAAUUCCUAUUAGAUGCCAACACGAAGAAUGCGUCGCUGUUUAAAACAGUCGUCUCACAACCUGCUGUCUCUUUCGAAAUCAUUGAAACACUAGUCAACGUUGGAUAUGUUACUUUUGAAGACGCAAUUCGACUUUUAGCGAUUUUUCCAUCUGAUCUUCUCCGCCACGGUGCCGCCAGCAUCACCUCGAACAUCGAAGCACUAUCCGCGAGUGGCAUCUCAACACCUCGAUCAAUUGCGUCGGCAAUCAAAAGAUGUCCGCCUCUGCUGUUUGCCAGGGAUCCACAGGAAAUGCAACGAUUGGCUCAUGAAAUCGGAGGGUUUUUCUCGAAAAAACAGGCAAGCCAUCUUAUCUCACGCUGUCCACAAAUCCUGCUAAAACCGAUCGAAGAAAUUGAGGAGAAGUACGAGUACAUAUUUUAUCAGAUGGGUGUAGAAUCAGAAGACGUUGCCGAGUGCAUUGGAUGGAUUGAUGAGUUGUCCCUGGAUGAUAUGGUGGAUCGACAUAGAUUCCUUCUGGCAACUGGAAAGUUCACCACUCCCGACCCGAAACGACCCCAAAUUCGUCUGGAGAAUCCGAAACUUCAAAGGAUUCUGGAUAGCAACGAAGAAGACUUUGCAGUCAACGUUGCUCGUGUCACCAUGGAAGAGUGGGUAGUAUACAAAGCUCUCCGUGUCAAGGAGACCAUCAAUGAGCAGAAGGAACGAAAAUUCGAUCGAGUGAAGCCGUCAAAACGGAAGGCCUACGAGCGACGGCAUAAAGAGAAACGAGAGCUCGCUGAGCACGUUUUUGAUGUCUCCGCUGUUUGA